GUCCUGUGUGCUUAUCUGGAGAUGGAAGGCAUUGAUCUCAGGGAUAGGUCUGUGAUUGAGCUGGGAGCUGGAACUGGAUUGCUGGGAAUAGUGGCCACUUUAUUAGAGCAUUGUAUUCCAAAUGCUGUAUUUAUGGACAUCAACUGCAUGUCUGAGACGUAUACUCCUGUACUGCUUAGGUGCUCAUGUUACCAUCACGGACAGGGCAGCAGCACUGGAGUUCCUGGAGUCAAAUGUAGAGGCUAACUUACCUUCUGAACUACGUCCAAGAGCUGUGGUGAAGGAACUGACUUGGGGAAAAGACCUGGGUAACUUCCCUCCGGGAGCAUUUGACUUCAUCCUGGGUGCAGACAUCAUUUAUCUGGAAGAAACUUUUGCAGAACUGCUUCAGACGCUGGAGCACCUGUGCUCAGAGCAAACUGUGAUUCUUCUUUCCUGUCGUAUCCGCUAUGAACGGGAUAACAAAUUCUUGAAGAUGCUGAGAGGCCGUUUCUCUGUAUAUGAGGUCCACUAUGAUUCCAGUAAGGAUGUUCAUAUCUACAAAGCACAGAGGGGUUGUCACAAGGAUGACUUUUGACACUAUGCUUUGUUAGUAAACCACUGAUGCUGUUCAAUCCUCCCUUUGUUUCUGUUCAAUACACUUGUACCUUAG